GUUAUACCUUUAUAUAAUCGAUCAGUUCAAAAUACAGCACACGCGAGUGCUGCCUUAUAAAUUCGUCGUAUAUAAAUAUUACUACGAACACGGGUUUAAAAUUAUAUUUUCAAAUAACUAUAUGAAAUUAAGAUACAUCUUUUUAGCUGGACUAAAGUGUUUAUAUUUUAGCUGACACAUUUAAGGUACUUUAAGGACAUACAUUUACGUUGUUACGGUUAAAAGGUUUUACCUGUGAAGGUAACAACGGGUAUUAAGCGAGAAAUAAUCUGUAGACAGAAUUACAAUUGCUUCGUAUUUAUCGUUCAGUUUGACCUAUAAGCGUGUUUGGACAUUUAAGGUUCUUUAAAUUUAAAUCUAUAACAUUUUAAUCCUUAUUAACGCUGUCUUGAAAGUUCAAUUUUGGAAUACGUUCACAUGUUAGAAUUUACAUAAAAGUGUCAGCUGUUGUUUGAGGAAUUGUCUUACUUCUGUGAGAGAAGGACUUCAGAGGACAUGCACAGCGGGCGCGUAACUCCAGCUGAGCAGUCUGACAGCAGUUCUGUCAGCGGAAAUCAGAACGGUACGGAAGAGGUGUCAAAUAACCAAGUGAAACCCGCAAUUGAUGAUAGCCCUGAAAAUAUACCACCUCCGCCUAAAUAUCAGGAAGUUGUCGAGAUGAACAGGGUUUCAGAAAAGGCGGGAGAUAGCGUUGCGAUGAACGGAUUUAGCGCUACAAAUUACGAUAAAAGCGUUGAUGAACUGCCGGAGAAAUCCGCCAAUGGCGGGAAGGAAGACAAAAAAGACGGUGACACGGACAGUAAAGCAGACGAGAAAAAAGAGGAAGAAACGCCCAUGGUCGGGCUUUUCGAAGUCUUUCGCUAUUCAACAAAGCGGGACAGACUGUUUAUGAUAUUAGGAACGCUAUGCGCAAUGAUUCACGGGACAGCGUUUCCGCUGAUGAUCAUCGUGUUCGGUGAAAUGACGGACCUGUUCGUUAAUUCCGGCAAGUACGAAUAUGCCGUCGACCAGUUGGUGAGUCUAGGAACACUGGCAAAACUUAACUUCAC